AUUAUUGCCUGCUUAAUUAAGAAAAUUACAAAUCACAACAUGGCCGGGAAGAUCACAGCAAGCUCUGUGCUGUUUGUUUCGAUCAUGAUCUGUGGUUUGGUCGGCAGUGCAUGGGGACAAAGUGCGACGAAUGUGAGAGCCACAUACCACCUCUACAAUCCACAGCAAAACAAUUACGACUUGCGGGCAGUAAGUGCCUACUGCUCAACAUGGGAUGCCGAUAAAUCCCUCGAAUGGCGCAGCAAAUAUGGAUGGACUGCCUUUUGCGGACCUGCUGGCCCUACUGGGCAAGCCGCAUGCGGAAGGUGCCUCUCGGUGACAAACACUCGGACUGGAGCUCAAGCAACGGUGAGAAUUGUUGAUCAGUGCAGCAACGGAGGGUUGGACUUGGACGUGAAUGUUUUUAACCAAAUUGACACCGACGGCAAUGGUUACGCACAAGGCCACCUUAUCGUCAACUACAACUUUGUCGACUGCGGCGACUAAGGCCUAUAACCCUAUUUUUUUCAAUAACUAUAUAGUUCUCUACUCCCAGUAUUGGUAGGGAACUUAACUAUGUAUUACUAAUAAAUAAGCUUCACCAUGGAAUAAAUUGAAGUGGAAUUGCUUCUUGAAUUAUAACAAGAAGUAUUAUAUUAUAGAGGUGUGAUAUCCACAUACCCAUUUUUACUUCUCA